AUGGAAGACACCAAUAAUUUGGUUUUACUGGAUUUCUGGCCAAGUUUUUUUGGUAUGAGGGUAAGAAUUGCAUUGGCAUUACAAGGGAUUGAAUAUGAAGGGAAAGAGGAAAAUAUAUUCGGAAAAGGUCCUUUGCUUCAAGAGAUGAACUCUGUUUAUAAAAAAAUUCCUGUUUUGAUUCAUAAUGGCAAGCCCAUUUGUGAGUCUCUUAUCAUUCUUGAGUACAUUGAUCAAGUUUGGCAUCACAAAUAUCCCUUACCUCCUUCUGACUCAUAUGAUAGAUCCCAAGCCAGAUUUUGGGCUGACUAUAUUGAUAAAAAGGAACUAUUUAUUCAUAAAAUAUGGGUAAACUAGUAUUUUAUCCAACCCAUUUAUUAGUUAAUAGAAAUCUUCAAGACAUUGGAAGGAGAGCUUGGAGACAAAACAUACUUUGGUGGUGAUGAAAAAUUGGGUUUUGUGGAUGUGGCUUUGGUUCCUUUCACUAGUUGGUUUUAUUCUUAUGAGACUUGUGAAAAUUUCAGUAUAGAAGCAGAGUGUCCAAAACUAGUGGCAUGGGCUAAAAGAUGCAUGGAAAUUGAGAGUGUAUCAAACUCCCUUCCUCAUCCUCACAAAAUCUAUGGUUAUGUCUUGGAACUCAAGCACAAAUUUGGUCUAGCCUAGCCUAGUUACUCACACCAAUUAAUCAAGGAAGCUUAGUAGCUCAAUUUGUUUGUUACGUCAACUUUUUUCUUGU